AUGACUUCCCCAGCGACGGUUCUUCACAAUGAACCCUCUCCCAUUGUUUCCGUUGGAAACCAGGUUGCGGACAAGGAGAUUCGGCUCAGACGUGCUCGCCGGCGUGCACCUCUUGACCUUCUUCACGAUCUUGACAAGGUUGAGGAAAGAAUCACCGUCAGAGUAGAGGAUAUCGUGUCCUCGUCGCAACUUGAUAGCCGACAACACCAGCAGGAUUACGCGAAAGACAUUGCUGCGUCCCUCGCUCGUUCCCUGUAUCCCGUCGCCAGUGUCCAUCCAGCGCUCAUCUCAGCCGUCCAUUCUGCAGCAGCAGCACUCUUAGCCGUUUCUGGAUCCGCGUUGGCACAGGAAUCGUCUCGCGUGCUCUCGGCUUCUUCCCGCCAGUUUGAGAAUUCAAAUUCCUCAAAUCCCUCCACAGCAGCCGCCAAAUCUUUGAACUCGUCCCUCCCUCACUCCCCUUCCCCUCAUUCCCUGUCACCUCACUCCUCCCCUCACUCCGUCCGUCCGUUUUCCACGAGCACCGCGGCACCACCAUCGUCCCCGUUUGCACGCCCCCCGCAUCAGCCAUUACCGCAGCACAAAGACCUCCUCCAGCUGCCGCCUCCCCCUCCUGUGCCGCAAAGGCGGGUCGUUGUCACAGGCAUUGGCAUGGUCACCCCUCUUGGCGUCGGCUCCGCUGCCACGUGGCAGCGCCUGAUUGGUGGAAACAGCGCCAUCCGCGCCCUGACCCCAUCGGACAUAGCCAUUCCCGGCAUGACAGACAGCCUCGCCGCUGCUCUGCUCUCCCAACUCCCCUCUCGCAUUGCCGGCGUUGUCCCUCCUGUUCCUCCUGCCCCUCCUGCACCACCUGUUGCUGCUGAUAGCCGUCCCGACAUUCCUUCUGCUGCUCAUGCUGGGGUGGAAGGAGACAAAUCAGGUCUCGAGGGCAUGCCUCGGUUUGUGCAGCAUGCAAUAAGAGCGGCUGAUGAAGCCAUGAUGGAUGCGCGGUGGAUGCCGGAGGAGGAGGAGGAUCGCGUGAGAACGGGAGUGUGUGUGGGGGGAGGCAUCGGGAGCAUCAGCGAGGUGGCAGCAGCAGGCCACCUUCUUUUUGAGCAGAAGCCCAGGCGCAUCUCGCCGCACUUUGUGCCGCGGAUUCUCAUCAACAUGGCCGCAGGGCACAUCAGCAUUCGCCACCGCCUCAAGGGCCCCAAUCAUGCCUCAGUGACAGCAUGUGCCUCGUCAGCGCAUGCCAUCGCAGACGCCUUCCGAUUGGUCCGCUGUGGGGCUGCUGACGUCAUCGUGGCGGGCGGCACAGAGGCGUGCGUCGACGCGCUUUCCCUCGCUGGCUUCUCACGCAUGCGAGCUCUCAGCACGCGAUUCAACGACACGCCUCACCUUGCCUCUCGGCCGUUUGACAAGUCAAGAGAUGGAUUCGUAAUGGCAGAGGGAGCAGGCGUGUUGGUGCUUGAGGACCUAGACCAUGCGGUGCAGCGCGGUGCAAAGGUGUACGCAGAGGUUCGAGGAGCCGGCAGUUCAGCAGACGCCUUUCACAUCACACAGCCGUCUCCCCUGGCCACUGGUGCAGUUCUGUGCAUGCGAGCUGCUCUCAAGGAGGCUGGUCUGCAACCAUCCGAUAUAGGGUACCUCAAUGCCCAUGCCACCUCCACUCCCCUUGGCGAUGAGAUAGAAGCACUGGCGCUAAAGGCUGUAUUUGACCAGCAUGUGCUCUCAGGAGACCUUUCUUUCUCCUCCAGCAAGGGAGCGAUGGGUCAUCUGUUGGGAGCUGCAGGGGCAGUGGAGGCAGCUGUUGCUGUGAUGGCUCUGCACCAUCAACCUGCCCUUUCCCCUAUUCCCCCCUCCGUUCACCCCUCAUUCCGGCUGCCACUACCCUCAUUUCCUCUCCGCUCUCCCCUCAUUCCGCCUGCCAUUACCUCUCAUUCCCCUUCCGAUCACCCCCAUCCCCCCUGCCCCCUCCGCAUUUCCCCUCCGCUCACCCUUCAUUCCACUUGUCCUUACCCAUCAUUCCCCCAACGCUCACAUCGCACACCCAACAAUCCCCCCACACUCACCCCUCUUUCCCCCCACGCUCACCCCUCUUUCCCCUCACGCUCACCCCUCUUUCCCCUCACGCUCACCCCUCUUUCCCCCCACGCUCACCCCUCUUUCCCCUCACCCUCACCCCUCUUUCCCCUCACGCUCACCCCUCUUUCCCCUCACGCUCACCCCUCUUUCCCCUCACGCUCACCCCUCUUUCCCCUAAUGCUCACCCCUCUUUCUCCUCACGCUCACCCCUCUUUCCCCUCAAGCUCACCCCUCUUUCCCCCCACGCUCACCCCUCUUUCCCCCCACGCUCACCCCCUCUUUCCCCCCACGCUCACCCCCUCUUUCCCCCCACGCUCACCCCUCUUUCCCCGAGGAUCUCACCCAUAA